AAAUCGCAACAUUGUGGAAUUCCACAUUCGGCUAUUGUCUUUUGUUAGUGCGAUCGUGUCCGUAAAUCUGUGAGUUUUGCCAUCAUUAAUUUUGACGUGAAUGAAGAUCAGAAGAAGCAUAUCGCCGUGUAACGCCGCCACCUCCACCAUCCCAAGUCCCGUAAAUACUCCCUGCAAGAAGGUUCACGCGUCGGUAUGAGCAGCGAGAGGCGGGUGUCCAUCGCCCCGGCUGAGGAGCCCCUGCCUGAGAUGGAUCAGGAUGAAAUGAACACCCAUCGCAGCGAGGACACGCGUUCACCGCGACGCCACGGUGACAAGCCAUCCACGGUAAACAUUGGACGUAAAGAUGGAGGAGACAAGCUCCAGAACAUUCUACCAGAAGACACGUACAAGAAAGUUUAUGACAAAAGUCCACAUUCGGUUUUCGUCCAAUUGGACGAGCUAUUUUCGAAAGCGGAUGGCGAGUCCGAGUGGAAAGAGAAAGCUCGCUGGAUCAAAUACGAAGAGGAUGUAGAAGAAGGUGCCCACCGGUGGGGCAAACCUCACGUGGCAUCGCUCUCUUUCCACUCGCUGCUCAACCUACGAAGAUGCUUAGAGACCGGCGUUGUUCUGCUGGACCUAGAAGAGAAGGACUUACCUGGUGUGGCAUACAGGGUCGUAGAGAGUAUGGUGGAAUCUCAGUUGAUCGACGAAGACGACAAGCCGGUGGUGAUGCGUUCUCUCUUGCUGAGACACAAGCACGUGCACGACGAAAAAGGAUUCAGGUUCUCCAUCGGAGGUCGCAAACACGCAUCCUACACCAGCCUGCAGAAUAUGGCAGAUCAACGGCGACGCCGCAGCUCCCAUGCACUACCAAUGGAUCGGUCUGAGCGAAAAAAAUCUUCAACCGUAGCCAUGGACAUGAAAGAGGUAGAAUACCUCGCAUCAGCAGUUAUAAACGGCUCACAGGAAGACAUGAAACGUGGUCACAAUGACCCCAUUCUUAAACGCAUCCCAGAAGACGCGGAAGCUACUACCGUUUUAGUCGGCUCAGUCGGUUUCCUUGAACAGCCUACCAUUGCCUUUAUACGAUUAGCUCAAGGCAUAUUUAUGCCAUCCAUCACUGAAGUGCCGAUUCCAGUCCGUUUCAUGUUUAUUCUCCUCGGACCACGUGAUGCCGAUCUUGAUUAUCAUGAAGUCGGUCGUUCCAUUUCUACGCUCAUGUCGAAUCCGACAUUCCACUCCAUUGCUUACAAAGCAGAUGAUCGCCGCGAACUUCUAUCAGGUAUCAAUGAGUUCUUGGACGAUUCUAUUGUAUUACCUCCCGGUGAUUGGGAACGCCAAGCGCUGCUCCCUUUUGAUGAGUUACGCGCUAAAAGCGAUAUGAUCAGGAAGAGGAAAAAAGAAGCUCUUGAACGCAAACGUACUGCUACUGAGACAGAGAAAUCGCCUAUAGACGAGAAGCAAGCCUUACUUGAAGCCGAGAAAGGCUCGCCGCCUCCUAAGGAACCGGAUGAUCCACUAUCAAGAACUGGGCGCUUAUUUGGAGGUGUGAUCCGAGACAUCAAGAGGCGAUACCCUUUUUAUGUAUCUGACUUCACUGAUGCCCUGAACGGCCAGUGCGCAGCUGCCACUAUAUUCAUGUACUUCGCUGCACUUUCCUCAGCGAUCACCUUUGGUGGUCUGCUUGCAGAGAAAACGCAUGGACAGAUUGGAAUAUCCGAAACGUUGGUUUUCACCUGCGCCGGCGGGGUCCUGUUCGCUUUGCUGUCAGGUCAGCCCAUGAUGAUUACGGGUGCUACUGGUCCCCUUCUCCUCUUAGACGACGCGCUGUCCAGCUUCUGUCGUUCCAACGGGUUCGACUUCCUCGCUGCAAGAAUGUACUGUGGCAUAUGGAUGAUAGUCAUCGCAGUUUGUGUAGCUUCCGUGGAGGGCAGCGUUGCGGUCAAAAAAAUCACAAGGUUCACGGAGGAUAUCUUCGCGUUCCUGAUCUCGUUGAUCUUCAUCGGCGAGCCAGUGACCAGCAUCAUCAAUGUUUACCGCGCUCAUCCUCUGGGCGUAGACUACUGCGCUCAAAAUGAGUCUGCGGUCUUGCCCCCUCCUACCAUUAAUGGAACUAAUUCGGACAACUCGACGAUAGUGACUCCGACGCCCUCUGUCAAGAUACUGCCUCAACCGAACACAGCGCUGUUUUGCACAAUGCUGACCCUAUCCACCUUCAUCAUCGCUUAUUAUCUUCGUAUUUUCCGCAAUGGGAAAUUUUUGGGACGCAGCGCUAGAAGAGCUCUUGGAGAUUUCGGCGUGCCCAUCGCGAUCAUCCUGAUGGUAGGCGUCUCCUGUCUGGUGCCAGUGUGGACUGAGACCUUGCGCGUGCCAGCCGGCCUCAGCCCCACGGCUGAUCGCUCGUGGCUAGUACCUGCCAACCCCGGCCUGGAAACCAUACCCUUCUGGGCGGCACUCGUUAUGGUCUUGCCGGCCCUCAUGGUCUACAUCAUCGUAUUCAUGGAGACACACAUCGCAGAGUUGAUCGUUGAUAAGCCGGAGCGCAGACUAAAGAAGGGAAGUGGCUUCCACAUGGACAUCGUGAUUAUGUCUGUGGUGAACGCGGUUUGUGGCAUGUUCGGCGCGCCGUGGCAGUGCGUGGCGACGGUGCGAUCUGUCAGUCACGUGUCUGCUCUCACUGUGAUGUCUACAACGCACGCGCCCGGCGAGAAACCUUACAUCGUGGAAGUCAAAGAGCAACGCCUCACCGGACUGCUUGUAGCCAUCCUGUGUGGCAUUUCGGUGCUUGCCUCCGGCUGGCUACGCCUGGUGCCAAUGGCGGUACUGUUCGGAGUGUUCCUCUACAUGGGCAUAUCGGCUUUGGGCGGCAUUCAGUUCUGGGAUCGCUUCAUUCUGCUCUUCAAGCCUGUCAAACAUCAUCCUCAAAUACCUUACGUCAGGAGGGUGCCGAGUCUGAAGAUGCACCUGUACACAUUAAUCCAGCUAGCCGGCAUAUGCCUACUGUACGCCGUGAAGUCGUCGCAAUUCUCGUUGGCGCUGCCUUUCUUCCUGGUGAUGAUGGUGCCGCUGCGGAUGUCAUUCGUGUACCUAUUCACGCCGUUGCAGCUUAGAGCGUUGGACGGUGCACAGAAAGACAUUGACAACGACGACGAACCAGAUUUCUACGAGGAAGCGCCGCUGCCAUAAAACUCUCGUCUUAUCAUGCGUUAAAAACUCUCAGCGGUCAAACAUUCAUGUACUGACGGGACACUAGUAAAUACGCGAUAAAUAUGAAUUAGUGACCAAUAUGGUAAAAGUUUAGUGCUCCUGGAUUAAUUUGUUAGUCAAUGAAUUUGUGGGAACUGAUUAUAUCACACCAAAGGGAUUAUUUACAAGGAAAAUAAGAUAUUGUUAUUAUUAGUUAUAGAAUUUCAAAUUGGUGCACUUUGACAGCUCUUCAAUUUAGUGUAACUGUAUUCAUCCAAGUGUAACUGUCAAGAUGUUGCCAACUCGCUACUUUCGGCGCAGUUACUACUUAUCAACUCCGCAGAAACUGUUUUCAUGUAAGUAGGUAAUUUUAACUUAUAUACGUAAUUAUUAUCAC